GCUGCCUCCGAUGACCGGUGGUGGGGCACAGCACCAACCCGUUGCCGACCGAGGGAAAAACGUUCAGGCAAUUGGAAUUGCACGCUCUAGAAAGACUGACUCACAGAUACUCGAGAUUUUCUUUCCGAGUGCUAGACUAAAUUUACCUUUCUAUUUUCAAACCUCUACGAAACUCUCGGUAACACUCGGGCAUCACAUCUUGAACUUAACAGCAGUUUAUUGAGCACGGUAGUCGACUACAAUGUCUCAACUACCAACCAAGAACUGCGGUGUCCUCGGCUGCACCGGCUCUGUCGGACAGCGUUUCAUCUUGCUGCUCCAGCAACACCCGUCCCUUCGCCUGGUAGCCGUCGGUGCCUCUUCGAGAUCGGCAGGCAAGAAGUACCGCGAAGCCGUCCGAUGGAAACAGGCCAGCCCCAUUGCGCCCGCCGUGGGCGACCUGGUCGUGCGCGACUGCAAGGCUAGCGAGUUUGCCGACUGCGACAUCGUCUUCAGCGGCCUAGACAGCGACGUGGCCGGCGACAUCGAGAAGGAAUUCCAACUCGCCAACUUCGCCGUCUUUUCCAAUGCCAAAAACUACCGCCGCGACCCGCUCGUCCCGCUCGUCGUCCCAACGGUCAACCUCAACCACCUCGAUCUGAUCCCCCACCAGCGCAAGACACAGGGCGUAGAGAAGGGCUUCCUCGUGUGCAACAGCAACUGCGCCGUCAUUGGGCUCGUCAUUCCCUUCGCCGCGCUCCAGUCGCGCUUUGGCAAGAUCGACGCCGUGUCGGUCGUGACGAUGCAGGCCGUCUCGGGCGCUGGCUACCCGGGCGUCAGCAGCAUGGACAUUAUCGACAACGUGGUGCCCUACAUUUCCGGCGAGGAGGACAAGCUGGAGACGGAGGCGCAGAAGAUCCUGGGCAGCAUCAACGCCGACGCCACGGCCUUUGAGGAGCAGUCGACGCUCCGCGUGUCGGCGGCCUGCAACCGCGUCCCCGUCCUGGACGGCCACGUGGCCUGCGUCUCGCUGCGCUUCACGCAACGGCCCCCGCCCUCGGCCGAGCAGGUCAAGGACGCCAUGCGCAGCUACGAGUCCGAAGCGCAGCGGCUCGGCUGCCCCUCAGCGCCGCAGCCUUCCAUCCUCGUCUUUAACGAGCCCGACAGGCCGCAGCCACGUCUCGACCGUGACUUGUCCAAGGGCUACACCGUCAGUGUUGGCCGCGUCAGGGAGGACGAGACGGGCAUCUUUGACAUCAAGUUUGUCGCUCUGAGCCACAACACUGUUAUUGGAGCCGCAGGCUCGUCCAUUCUGAAUGCCGAGGCCGCAAUUCUGAAGGGAUUUGUAUAGGCGCCAAUUCCACCACAGCACAUGAAAGAAAUUGGGGGACGGCAUGGUUAUUUUGGUUCCAAAAUGUAUUGCGUAUAUUGGUCAUGGAGUUUAGCGGAUUGAGCAUAUUGAGUGGACAUGGAAAAGAGGAAUCUAAAACAUUAGGAAAGGAAUUGAUAUAGACGAAUACUAAUUCUCCUUUGAGGGAAUCCUCGAGUAAUUCAUUCUCGAGGAGCAACGUUCUGGAGAAAGAAUGAGACAGGUGGCGCUAUCGAUUGACCCAUGCCGGCCGUAUGCAUACAAUUCAAUCUCUGAAUGUUCGUUAGCGUGGUACUUUCCAAGAUCUGAAUGGCCUUACUGCGUAGUUUCUUACGACUCGCCGUAAAGGCUUUUGGCUGAGGGAUGUAAUAGCUAUUUGAAUCUCUAUUUUAGAAUUCUAGAGACCUAUC